AUGUCUAGCGUCAAUGCCAGCAAAGCAAACAUGACCAAAGCGAUCACAGCUUGGGAAGCCAUCAAAGACACACCACAAAGUGUCCCCGAACGUGCUCAAGAAGAUCUACGGGAACACUCGGCAACGGCGUCAACAGCGAGUGACAGUUCACGAUCCUUCGUGCUACCGCAGCGGCCUAACAGCCUAUCUGAUUCAUCACCGUAUUGUACGCAGUUCCAUCCCACAAUAUCAACUCCGCCACUCCCUUCGGCACCAUUAGCGCAGCCUGCAGUUCAGCUUGGCAAGCUUGUGUUGGAACCAUUCACAAGGGAUAUUACAAAAUUCCAUAGAUUCUGGUGCGCCUUCGAGCUCGCAGUACAUAAUGAUCCUAAUACACCACCAGUCUAUAAAUUUCUGUAUUUGCAAAGCUUGUUGCAAGGCGAAGCCCAGGUAGUGCUCCAGGACCUCGACCCCGACGAGUGCAAUUAUUCUGAGUUGGUGGAGGCCUUGAAGAGGCGCUACGACCGUCCGUACAAGACGCGUGCGACUCUCCAUAGGCAGCUCCAGCAACUGCCCGUAGCUCGUAACAACGGUCAGGACCUGCGUGAUACCUGGUUUCGUAUAUCCGGUAUUCUUCAUGGGCUGCGUAGAUACGAAGAUUUCCGUACG